GGAUACGUUUUUGUUACCACAUCACACAUUAGGUUACAACUCCUGUGUACUGUGCAGUAGGCCUAUUUGCAAAUGGCACGCAACAUAUCGAAGAAAUUGGAUUGUAGUAGACUAAUCAGUGGAUUGAUUUAGGACCUUUUAUAGUCUACAGGAAUAUUGAUGUGGUUUAAAAAUUUAAAAAGUACUUGCCAUCGUGUAUGUCGCGUAUCUCUAGCUCCCCUGUAGGUUUGGGCUACCAAAGAGCAUUGAAAUAAAGGGAGCCGUCGAACCAGUCUGGCUACUACUCUCUCUCCAGCACGGAAACCGGUUGCUGUCGGAAUACGGCACUUCUAUUAUCAAAUUAUUUAAUUUCAAGGGAGACAAUUUUACUUUAAAUUCGAGAAUUCGUAAAGCCUACUACACAAGUGAAGAAGUUGAAGGUUGUGACAAGACCAACCUCACAUCAAAGCGGCGCCCGAGACUAUCGUGAAUCCAUUUGGAAUGCAGUAGCUCUGGAAAACAACCAGAAAAAGAGUGAGAGGGGGGGGAAGAGGGAAAAAGAGGAAGCAUGGCUCAGAUUAAGCUGCAGAAUGUGGAGGACUACUAUGAGAUUGGAGAGGUGCUUGGCAGUGGUCACUUUGGGCAGGUGCGUGCGGUGCUGGAGCGGGCGUCCGGGGUCCGCUGGGCAGGGAAGUUCCUGAAGCUGCGUCGGAGCGCCAGCAGCCGCCUGGGCCUGGAGAGGAGGAGCGUGGAGAGGGAGGUGGAGAUACUGCAGAGCCUGCAGCACGCCAACAUCAUGGCCCUCAGGGACGUGUUUGAGAGUCGCGCCGAGAUGGUGCUCAUUGUGGAGCUUAUCAGUGGUGGGGAGCUGUUUGAUUUCAUAGCAGAGAAGGAGAGCCUGUCUGAGGAGGAGGCCAUAGAGUUCCUGAAGCAGAUCCUCAAGGGAGUGGGCUUUAUGCACACUAAGAACAUUGCCCACUUUGACCUCAAGCCAGAGAACAUCAUGCUGGCUGACAAGACAAUGCCACACCCUCACAUCAAGAUCAUUGACUUUGGACUGGCCCACCGCCUCAAACAGGGGGAGGAGUACAAGAGCCUAUCUGGGACCCCACAGUACAUUGCCCCUGAGGUGAUUAACUACGAACCACUGAGCGAGGCAGCCGACAUGUGGAGUAUUGGUGUGAUAACCUACAUAUUGUUGAGUGGUUUGUCCCCCUUUCAAGGAGAUAAUGACGAGGAGACACUAAAGAACAUCGUGGGGAUGAUCUAUGAGUUUGAAGAGAACUAUUUCAACCAGACCAGCGUCAUGGCCAAAGACUUUAUUGAGAAACUGCUGCUCAAAGACCCAAUAGAGAGAAUGACAGCGGAUGAAUGUCUAGUACACCCUUGGAUCAAGCCCCUCACGCGCAAACAGGCGGCUAACAGAAGUCGAUCGUCCAUCAACAUAAAAAGCUUCAAGAAGUUCAACGCCAAGAGGAAAUGGAAGAUGUCCUAUAACAUGGUGUGGGCGUGUAACAGACUAUUUCGCCUGCAGUUGCAGUGUAAAAGCAGGUCCCAGGAGGACCCGGAACUGAGGCAGUGUGAGAGCGACCAGGAGGACACCGAGACCAAGCCUGCUUCUCUCAUUCGCCGCAGACUCAGCAGCAGUUCCUAAAUAAGACCACCGGGGCACUAACACACCACACAGCCUCAGACCGCCUCUAUCCCACCAUGGGGAAAUGGAGAGAAGCCUCUUGUGAGUGAUGCACAGAUCAACAAUACUCUGAGUUACAGAGUGACAGACUAUGGCAGUGACAAAAUGAGUAACGAACCCGUGAUGUGCAGGUGCCUAAAGCCAGUGUUAGCUCACAGAGUUAAAUCUUCAUGUCUCAGACACGGUUCCUGAUCAAACCAGUGUAGUUUACCAAACCACUUCUGUUACACUUCACCCCCAUUUGACCUAGGUGUAGCCUUUUUACAUUUACUGAAAUGUAUUUGUCUGUGCCUUUUAGGUUUGACCAAAAGAAUGUCUGAAAAUGCCAAAACUUUUGUUUAGGUUUGAAGGUUUACGGGAUAGUUUGUCCUACAAUUACAAUUAUUAUGCCUUACAAUAUUAUGUGGUUAUUAUUUAUUCUCUACCACAUGUUCUGAUAUUUUUGACUGUAUCCAAACUGAUUUUAUUUAAGUUUCUUAGACAUUUGCAUUUCAUACAAUUAACUAGAAAAAAGUUAUUUUUAACAAGUAGGGAACUAUACAAGGCCAUACAAUUAGAAAUGCAAGGCCUGUUUUUCUAAGUCUGCCCUUAAGUGGAUACAUUAUUUUAUUAUGUGUCAUAAUUUGGAUGUCAAAUGUUUAUACAGAGCUACUUUACUAUACACAGUUACAGCCAUGUUUGAUACUGAGUGUUUGACAUUGACAUGUGUAAUGUAGUCUUAGUUUGUAGAGCUUUUAAGCCUUAUCAAACUUGAAAAUGUAGAUAUACUUUAUUGAACAUUUCAACUAUCUUUGGCUUAUGUCAAAGGUCAAACUAUUUUUUUAUAAUAAUGAGCGUUUCAUACUGACAACAAACAUGUUUUAGUUUUGUGAAUUGUGUGAUGGUGAAUAAAAAAUGUUAGUCUACGAUGUUUAAGCUA